GCCCGGUGCGUGCCCGCAGCCCCGCCAGGAGCCUCCUGCAGCAGUUUCUUUCCCGCCAUGGGCAGCUGACCUCCUCCUUCCUCCGCACAUGUGAGCCCAGGCCUGCGCCUGGAGUGCUAUUGAUGGGCGGCAUUAGUCAGCAGCCUUUUCCCAUCCAAGGGCAGCUCUUUCCCAGCUUCGGACAUGGAACUCUGAUCCCAGGCUUUCAGGGACCGCACAGUCCCCACCUGCCCAUCUGGGAGAAGGUCAUUAUCCCCGGGCUAUUCACUGGCAGCGGAGCAUGCAAGAAUAGAUGCUUCUCCUAUUGUGCCGCCCGUCUCCGUGAUUGGCUGGGGACUGUGGGAAACUCCACCGAGCCGGAGACCCACAGACUCUCGGGGAGGUUGUACCCUAUAAAUACGGGGCAGAGGCAGCUUCCAGCAACACCCUUCUCCUGGACGUCCACUCUGAGGCCGUCCCUCCUUUCUCAGGACAGAUGGCUCCCAGCACCGUUUUCAUGGAGCCCGACAACCUGCUGACGCCAAAGGAGAAAAACAAACUGAGGAAGCCGGUGGUGGAGAAAAUGCGGCGUGACCGGAUUAACAGCAGCAUCGAGCAGCUGAAACUGCUGCUGGAGAAGGAGUUUCAGAGACACCAGCCCAACUCCAAGCUGGAGAAAGCCGACAUCCUGGAGAUGACCGUCAGCUACCUGAAGCAGCAGAGCCAGCUGCAGAUGAAGACUGCAGGAUCCUUCCAUAAAAGCUCUCAGUUUGACUUCAGAGAGGGCUAUUCUAGGUGUUUACAAGAAGCUUUCCAUUUCCUCUCUCUUCAUAAAGUCCGAACUGAAACACAGACCAAACUCUUAAGCCACUUCCAGAAGAGCCAGUCAGCUGCUACGGAGGUCCCCUUUUCCCCUGGGCCCCCCAGCACCCUGAAGCAAGCAUCUCCGAAAGACAGCAGUACCCUCUGGAGGCCCUGGUAGUCAGGGGAGUCCUUACUUCACGGACCUUUGCCUCUUACAGUCCAGGGGAAGGAUCUGACUGCAUCUGCUAGUCCAGCUCUUAUCCUCUCUGCUGUAGGGAAUUUUAUUUCCCCGUGUAUUUUAUUUAUGUGUGAAAAGAAUGGCAUGCUUUUGACUUUCAUGGGAUCCUUUGGCAAAAGUUCAGGCAUUCCGUUGAGUGGUAUCGGAGCUGUGUAGCCACCGCGGAGAACAGUACACAGCGUGCUGCCCAGUCAGGGGGGCCGAUGUCUUCAAAAUGAAGGAGGGUGUUUUUGUAAAUGUUACAGUUGUGACGGACAAGAAUUGCCGUAGGAGAGAUUUCUCUCAUAUUGCUUGUAAGAGCCAUCAGCUUUGCUCUGGCUUGACUAGCGACGCUUGUUCGCUCAGUCACUCCGGAGGAUAAAUUUACUACCCUUUAGUUCACACACACUUGAUUGAAAUCCAUUUCCCGCUCUUUGCUUGUAAUUUGUACAGCACCAAAGAUGGGUUUUGUUUUGGCUUCUUCCCCAGUGACCCUUUCAUAGUCCUAGUGAUGUGAAGUGUGAUGGAUGAACAGAAGCUAGGAAACUAUGUGGAAUAUUUCUACUAUUUUGCUGCUUUUUUCAAUUUAGAAAAAGAGUAUGUUACUGCUUUAUGUUAAAGAAAAGGUAGUAGGUAAAAGGCUUGAUUGGUCAAUGUUCUACAUUUUGGGUGUAAGCUAUGCUUCUUCUAGCAUUUUCAUUAUAAUAAUGAUUUUUGUCUGUAUCGAGUGCUUUAAUUCAUGGUGGAUAGUGUUUCUCCCACUGCUGGGACAGCCCUGUGGCUUACAUGCAUACUGUGUAUGCGUCUCUGUGUUUGUAGAGAGCAAUAAAAUGCAUUUGUGUGCA